CGUGACGCUCUGAUGUUUGUGUGCUCACUGUGGCAAAGGAGAACCGAAGGGUCCACACAAAAGGAAUAGCUUUCUGCAAAUACUCUCUAAGAUAAAGAAGCACAAUGGAUGAAGAGCAGCAGUUUGUAAACAUUGAUUUGAAUGACGACAAUAUCUGCAGUGUCUGCAAGCUAGAGACAGAUACAGGGACCACGUCUUUCUGCCAUGUCUGCUUUGAACUCAGCAUUGAAGGUAUCUCCUCUGCUACCUUGUUGCACUCAAAGUCCCUGCGCGGCCAUAGAGACUGCUUUGAGAAAUGCCACCUCAUCGCCAACCAGAAGCUGUCACGCUCCAAGGUCUCCCGAAGUGCCUACGAGGGCAUGAAGCUGGCCUUUAGCCAGAAACUGAACCGCAUCAUCCAGUACGCCCAGAACAAAGACUCUGUCUCCUCUAACGGUCCCGGCAGACGAGGGACCAAGCUUCUUUGUUAUAGCCAGCAGAGUGACCGCAAGCUCCUGCCCCAGUCGGAUGCCCAGGUGCCCCGUUACACGCCCUGCUGGGACACAGGCAAAGCAACUGGGUUGCCUGAUUACACCAUGGGCAUGUUGGAGUGCCACACAGUGGAGAAGCUGGGUCUGCUGCAGGAGUCACAAUCUGAUGUUUGGUCCAGUGACGGCAGGAAUGUCCUACACAUCCGGAACAAAUCAUCAGGAGGACAGACACAGCACAGACACCAGGGCCACAACACAGAUGAAUUGACUAUAAUGAGUGUGGACGAACUCCAUCAGCUGAACGGCCAGCUACUAAUGCAGAUUCAAAAGGUCUUUGAGGAGCUGACUGUGGCCGUGCAGGAAAAAGACUCGUUGGCGUCAGAACUGCAUGUGCGUCACAUCGCCAUCGAGCAGCUCUUUAAGAACUGUGCCAAGCUACCCUGGCUGCACAUUAGCAGGGCCGGGGUCAAGGCCAGCAGCAGCGGCAGCGACCCUGUGGAGUGAGGUGCAAGGUGGAGCUUCUGCCGCCGCCGCUGCUGAGAGGAAGCUGACAAACACUUCAAAGUGCGGGCUGCAGCGAGGCUGAUAAAGCCUUUUUAUUGAGUGAAUUUUACAACACUAUGGUGAUGUUGAGUUGUUACAUCUGCUUCAAAGCAGCAUUAAAGGCCGGGUUGACAUGGCCUCCAUUAUCGUGGUUUCUGUGAUGAUGCAAGGAUGAAUGGUGGUUUGCAGUUUAAAACAAUUCACCGGUCUGGCAUGUGACCUGAAUUCCACCCAUCUCAUGUAGCAAAGAUGCAUGUAAAUACCCGCCGGGGUGGGCCCCAAUAGACGACGAGGUGUCUUAUUGGACGUUAUUCUUAAAGAACAUCUUUUAAGAUUUAACUUACGACAGACUGAAAAACAGUUUGUCUGCAUAAUUUUACAGAAAUGAUUGCCGUUGGUUUUAUUUUAUUGUGUUAAACAUUUCAGUUUUUAUUUUCUGUAGAUACAUUUUUUAUUUCUUUUUCACAUUAUGACAGACGUGGAUAUCCAAAUAUGGGUUUCAAAACUGCUUAUUACUCCUACAUGUUAUCUGAUGGUUCUCUGUAGAACGUGGUGAGUUACAGUAUUUUAGAACAUGGCUUGGUGCAGAAUACCUAAAGCAGAUCAGCUGGAUGAUAUCUGUCGUAGUCAUAGCACCAGCCCUGCCAGCAGUAUUGUUAAUUACUGUUCUAAUGUAAAGCAUGAACAAGGUUUUAGCUUUUUCUUGCAGCUGGCAAUAUAAUGGCUUGAAACAUAAGUUCUCGACUUGCCUUCUAACUGCCCUCAUUUGACUUGAUAGUUUAUGAAAACUGUUGUGAUUAGAUAGAUUUAAUAGUAAAGGAAAAAGUAGCAUAUUGAAAUUAGAUAAAGUCUCAUCUGGUAAAGGGCUCGUGCAAUACAACACCCACAAGAACCCUAAACACCUGCAGCAAAGCCAAAUCAAAAGUGUAAAGUUAACAAGGCUAUACUAGCUGUGCAGGUUUGUGUUUGUGAGGGUGAGGGUGAUGACUCUUUUGGGAGUGUCUAUGAACUAAUACUUUGUAUCCGCUGGUUGGCAAGCAGCAAGUGGAAAUAUCAGUUAAUAUACCUGUGGCUUAAAGUGAUAGGUAUUUUGUUUUUAAUUCAACUUUUGGGUUUAUAGUAAAUAUUAUUGCUGGUGAGAUUUCCUUGAUAUUUAGCUGUCUGUUGUAUAGCUGUCAAGCACAAGACGUAUGUAUGGCUAUACACUGAAGGAGGGCUAUUACAAGAAGAAAGGUUUAACUAUUGAAAGAGAAAUCCAGCUGCCAAACCAAAGUCUGUAUUUGUUCUGGUUCACAUGCUGACUGCAAGCAUUUGACUUUGAUUCCAUUAGGAAGGAAGAUGCAAUACUGAUUUACAAUGUAUGUGACUUAGUGAUUUACUUCUGUUUGGUUCAGUGGGUGCAAUAAUGAACCAUAGAUUUUUUUCUCUAAAGAUGUUGAUGUGCAAAUAAUUUGUUCUCAAGUACACACGGUGUAUGUUUUAUGAUUUGUUUUAUUUCAAUUUUUACAUCUUUCUCACAUGUGCAUUGUGAACUUUUGUUUCCCUCUCUCCUGUAUUUAUGUGUGAGCUACGUUGAUGUCACAGCAACACACACAGGAUAGUUUGGUUUACUGUGCCUCUGGAGGUUCCUCAUUUUCUAACAAAAGGAGACAAAGAAGGACGUCUUUAUUAUUCAUCAACCCUAUGCAAGAAAGAGAAAAAUAAAUCAAAUAUCUAAAAGAAUAUUAGUAAUCUGAGUUUCCCUCAGAAGAGCUCUCUGAGCUACUUGAGUAUAAUAAGCUGAGGAAAGACAAGGUUAUGUUCAGAUUGAUGUUAGGAAAAACUGUCACCAUCUCUUCUGCUCUCUCUUUGUAAGAGAUUAUAUGUAUUUGACCCCUUUUAGGGUUUAAAGUUAAAGGUUUUACCACCAUUUUAAAUUAAGAUAUUCAGUGUGCUUGAGCGUAUUCUGAUAACUGGUCCUUAAUGCAAGUCAUUCAAUCUUCAGUUGUAUGUUUUUUAUAUGUGUUUUAAUUAUGAAUGCUGUGUCUUUUUGUAUACAGUGGAAACAUGCCUGGGCCUAUGCCUCUGCUCCUCAGAUAAUCCAGUCUGCCUGGAUUUGGCAGUCUGAUUAUCUUUUAGUGGAGAUGCAAGCAUACCUGUUACACUUCCACCUCCUUCCCCUUAGACUUGACUCUUUGUUCCUUUGUUUUCUAAAGUUGAAUAAGGCUUUGUGUUGUGUGAUGAUUCUAUUUAUUGUGUGUGUUCGUGGACCUUACACAUGCUGUGUGAUUUGUGCUUAAGUGACAGUUUGUAUUUUUUGUAAAAUAUUUCAAUAAAAUUAUUUUUACUACAUA